CCUCAAAAGACUUGAGCGUUUCUGAAGUGUAACACUACACUCGAGGAAGACUACAAGGGGUACGCGAGUCAACGGAGGUUACACGAGGGGGCGGACAAAGAACACGAAGGGUCUGGGACUCAAAGGGUCGCAACUGGAGGUUGCGACUGACCGUUACAACAGCGCGGAUGGUAACCGAAGCGACAAUCGAGUCGCUGUGCGACUCGAUAAACCGCUACUGCAACUGUACUCUACAACUGUUUUCUUAUCUUCUAUAUAUUGCUGCACUACCCUACCUGAAUCGUCACUUGUCCUCGCCGGCAGCACCACCUGUCUGCUCGCCGUUACAGACGCAGCAUUAGUAUUUAAUCUGGCGGUAGCAGGCAUGGCAUUAGCUACCCAUCGGCUUAGCAACCUCCUCCAAAUCGCAAGCCAUCAACAACCGCACGCGCCAUCAUGGCAUCCGCCGGUGACCGUUCUCCCCGCGUCUCAAGCUCCCCUCUCCGCCGCGUCCCAGGCUCCCCUCUCCUCCGGCCGUUUCUCCUCGCCGCGGCGUGCGUCGCAUGCCUCCUACUCUCGCCGGACCGCCUGCCAGUAACGCGCGCCUCGCCGCAAGUGCCGUGGGACAGCUUCAAGCCGCCGUGCGGCGCGCCCCUCUCCGACCCUCCCCCAGGCGGCUUCAAGCUGUGGAGCGACCCCUCCACGUGGCCUGGCGGCGUGGUGCCAGGCCUGGGGGGCGCCAAGCGCGCCAAUGCCACCAUCCCCUGCGGGCAGGCCGUGCUGCUCAACGUGCCUGCUGUCGUGCUAACGACGCUCACUAUAAGGGGGAUGCUCAAGAUCGAGGACACUCCUUCGCGCCCGCUGGUGGCGGUGAAUGCGUCGUUUGUGAUCGUGGAGGGGCAGCUGCUGGUGGGCAGCAGCGCCAGGCACUUCUCCCAGAAGGCCGUCUUCACGCUCACGCCCAACCCCAACGGCCGCAACAACUACCUUUACACCGCCAAUGCGCCCGCCGAUGCCAGCAACCCCAGGAAUUUCGGCCACAAGGCCUUCGUUGUGGUGGGCGGGCAGGUGCGCCUGCAUGGGAUGCCUGGGGGCUCCUCCACGCCCUCGUGGUGCCGCCUGGCAGCGUCAGCGCGGGCAGGUGACCGCAGCAUCGUGGUGGACCAGGACGUGAGCGCGUGGCCCAAGGGCUUCCAUGUGGGGCUCUCUGCCACUGACUUCUACGCCGACGAGGUGGACGCUGCUGCCAUUGCCGAUGUCUCCCCCCUGCCCGGCGGCAAGUCGCGCAUCACGCUCACCCGGCCCCUGGCGUACAACCACUUUGGCGAGUUCGUCCCAGACGGGUUCGGCGGCACCAUCGACGAGCGCGGCAGCGUGGUGCUGCUGAACCGGACCGUGGUCAUCCGAGGGGAGGACGAGCGCGCCCCGACCCAGUGGGAGGGCGGCCACUUCAUGGUCUUCUUCACGCGGGCAGCCCAAAUGAUCGAAGGGGUGGAGUUCGCCCAGAUGGGGCAGCAGGGGCAGCUGGGGCGCUACAACAUCCACUUCCACCUGUGCGGGAACCAGGCGGGGCGCAGCGUGGUGCGGAAGAACGUGAUGCACGACAGCAAGCAGCGGUGUGUGGUGGUGCACGCCACGUUCAACCUCACGGUGGAGGAGAACGUGGCGUUCAACACGAGGGGGCACUGCUUCAUGGUGGAGGAGGGCGGCGAGCAGGGCAACAGCUUCAUCAGAAACGUCGGCAUCUGGACGCGCCCAGCGGUGGUGAAGAUCUCACCGGAGGAGACGGACGACGAGCCGUCCACGUUUUGGAUCAGCAACGCCAACAACAACUACAUUGGGAAUGUGGCGGCCGGGUCAGAGGACACCGGUUUCUGGCUGGAGCUGAGGGACGGAGUGAGGGGGCUGUCGCUGCAGUGGCCGCUGAUCAACAAGCUCAUUCCCCUCAGCUACCAUCGUGUCGGCACGUUCAAGGGCAACGUCGCCCACUCCUCUGGCAACGGCUUUCGGAACUACCCGGGGGGGUUCUAUCCGCGUUAUAAUGCGUCCACACUGGAUGAGGACGAGGACUAUUGGGAUAAUCCUGUGUGGGUGACUAUAUCGGAUUUCCUCCUCUUCAAGAAUUUCGAUUCAGGCGCGUUCAUCCACAACACGGACCACGUGGUGUUUGAGGGGUUCACAGCGGCGGACAACAUGUGGGGCGUGGAGAUGCACCUGGUGGAGGGCAUCGUGCUGCGCAACCUGAGGGCGGUGGGGCAGACCCGCAACUACGGCAACCCCGAGGACUGCACUGAGGACUAUGGCUGGGAGACCUGCGCCCCCGUCUCCGGCUGCAAAUUUCCAUUGGCAGAGAACCAGCAGGGGCGCAGUGUGGGGUGGGGGGGCAAGGACGAGCCAGUGUACGGGCUGGUGUGGACUCAGAGCCCCUGGUUCACCGACGGGCUCGCCAGCAACGUGGUGGAUGGCGCCAAGUUCGCUGGCUUUGACAACGCCUGCACGCCCUCUGCUGCUGUGGCUGCUGCGGGCGGCAUGGGCACGUACUGGAAUGCAGGCAACAGCUUCAAGAACGUCAAGUUCAGCAAGCAAGUGCGCACCAACCCCGUCUUCGUCACACCUCGGAAAUUUCCAGACCGGUUCGACCAGUCAAAGACAGAGGACCAAGGGGAGGCGGCCACACAGGCAGCUCUGAGGGACAGCGAUGGCAGCAUUGUCGGUGCUUUCCUUGCGGAUACUCGCACUGCUGCUGCUGCUGUCUCUGCUAUGCCGACUACUGCUGGCUCUGCCUCUGUUGGCAAGCGUGCCCGCACACGAAAAGCAGCAGCCCAGCCAGCUGUGCAUUCGCACCGCCGCCACCUUGCUGCUCCCACUGCUUCUGCUGCUGCUUCUGGUGCUGCGGUUGCUGGAUCCUCUGCCCUUAGAAGAGCCCGCGCAAGCUACAGCCGCAGUCAGAGGCGUAGCCAGCACCAUAACAAGCCCCUCUCGCCCCGGCACUCCCUCACUUCCCUUGGCAAGCAUGCAUCUGCCGUCCGCUCUCUUGCCCGUUACCCCUCCUCCUCUUCCACCUCGUCCCCUCUCGCCACAGCGUCACAGAUAGCCGCUGCUCCCCUCAAAGGCUUCCUGGUGGCCAACAACCCCAACCUCCUCCCUCCGCGCACCCCCUCCGGCUCCUUCGGCUCCUGCAAGCCGCUCCCCGGCGCCAACGCCUUUGCGUGCCCCGCGCCCGCCCACUGCUUCCGCACCGUCAACCUGCGGUACUACGAGCCUGCCACUGCUGCCAACGUGGGCAACGACCAUCAGGGCCACGGGGCCAUGAGCUUUAUCAAGGUGGUUCGCGUGAGGGACGGGAGGUGGCAGACAUUCGAUGGGAAUCUGGACCGGAUUGAGUUGGAGGAGGGGGGGAGGGCGGAACGGCUGUUUGGGUUCAAUGCGCUCGUAGGGGAGGUGUAUGAGGUGCGCAUUGUGGGGCCCAACGGGGAGGAGGACUGGCAGCCGGCGCGCGUGUGGAUUCACUUUGGGGAUGGGGCGGGUGGGGGACAAGGAGCGGGGUGUGGCGGUCCGGUGACAGUGAGAGUGAAGGCGCCUGCUGAUGACAGCUUCCAGUGGGCCCCCAAGAUCACAGAUAAUGCGGCAUGGCGCCCCUGCACAGGCACCGCUAAGCCGGACCCCGUGGUCUUCUCCUACGAGUGCGACACGGCAUCAGGGCAGCAGCAGGUGCUGCAGGCGUUGCUGUCUGGUGCCGUGGACAAGGAGAGCCCCGCCGUAAUCAAGCAGUCUCAAGACGCCCCCUCCUCCUGCUGCCGCCGUGGAGGCUAAGAAUGCUCACCCCCUGUCGCCAUCCUGCCAUCUGAUCUGAGCUCCUGCUAAGCCCUGGACCUCCCACAACAACAGCCUUGCAGUCAUGAUUGCCAUGCUUCAAUUCCCGUGCGCAUGUUUGUCUUGCUGUACAGUAUUGAUGUUGUCAAUAUGCAUGUACCUAAAUUCAAUAUUAAUUCUGUCUGGACUCUGGCUCUGGUACGUUUGAGCCAAUAUCA